AGAGAGGAGACGCAUCCUCUGUGCAGUGGUUGAGAGCAACAUCUCACGGUUGCGGUCCGACAGCUCUGCUCACACACACACACACACACUCUCUCUCUCUCUCUGUCUCUGUCUCUGUCUCUCCAGACAGUUUGUUUCUGAAGCUGUUUUGCGGCGAUGUGGAUUUACCAGCUCGUGCUCGGUCUCUUCCUCCUCGCGUCUUGUCCUGAGGGCAGAAGAAAUGCGCUCCAGGACUACCAGAAGACCGAUGGUGUCCGGCUGGUUGUCCUGUCUCCCGACUCCCCUCCACUGACCAAAACCAGGAAGCUGCCCGUGGCCAGGUGUGCGAGGUCCUGCAGCCGCAACAAACGGCUGCCCUUCACCUGCAGAGCAUUCCUCUAUGAUCAUAGAAACAGGAAAUGCCAGUGGCUGUCAUUUGACAGGAACUCACCGGCAGUUCAGAGCCAGCGGGACUCCGACUACCAACUCUAUCAAAAGAAAGACUACGUCAGAGAGUGCAUUGUGGGCACAGGUCAGAGCUACAGGGGUCGGAGGUCAGCGACAGUGAGUGGGAUCCUGUGCCAGGCCUGGGCCUCUCCCAUUCCUCACGAACACAAAUUCAUGUCCAAGAGGUUCAGGAAGAAGGACCUCAGGGAAAACUACUGUCGCAACCCAGACAACUCCACCGUCGGCCCGUGGUGCUUCACCACUGACCCGCGGCCACACCUCAGACACCAGGAGUGUGGCAUACCGCAGUGUUCUCAGGUGGAGUGUAUGAACUGUAAUGGGGAAGAUUACAGAGGACCCAUGGACCACACAGAGAGUGGAAAGGAAUGCCAGCGCUGGGACCUGGAGGAACCUCACAAACACCAGCACCAACCCAACAGGCACCCUGACAAGGGCCUGGAUGAUAACUACUGUAGGAACCCAGACGGACGCCACAGACCCUGGUGCUUCACCACAGACCCAGACACACCCUGGGAAUACUGCGACAUCAAAGUUUGUGAAACGCCUCCCAAAAGUAAUAUGGUGGAAACAACCGGGUGUUACCAGGGAAGAGGGGAGGGUUAUAAGGGGACAGUGGACAUGAUGCCCACUGGACUCACCUGCCAACGCUGGGACUCUCAGUAUCCCCAUAACCACACAUUCUUUCCUCAAGCUUAUCCCUGCAAGGACUUGAGAGAAAACUACUGUCGCAAUCCAGAUGGCCAAGAAUUCCCCUGGUGCUUCACUAUGGACCCAAGAGUCCGCACAAUGUUCUGCACCAACAUUCCCCAAUGCGGCACCCAAACCAAGCCUGUCAGUGAGUGCUAUGAAAGCUUUGGAGAGAGUUACCAAGGAGAGCAGUCAAGGACCAGAUCAAACCUGCCCUGUGUGCCCUGGACAGACCACAGCAACAGCGGCGAGAGGGGCAUGCUGAUGGCCGGCCUGGAGGGAAACUACUGCAGAAACCCGGAUAAAGACAAACACGGCCCCUGGUGUUAUACCAACAACUCUGCCAUACCAUGGGACUAUUGCACUGUAAAGCCAUGUGAUGCUUCACAGAACACCAUUCCACUGGGUGAGCUAUCCUCUGUGGGGUGUUUCGUCCAUAAGCAAACCAGGAUUGUUGGAGGAGGUCCAGUGAGCAUAUCAGACGGCAGCUGGAUGGUCAGCAUACAGAAAGGGUCAGUGCACUGGUGUGGUGGUUCAUUAAUACGAGAGGGAUGGGUGCUCACUGACAGACAGUGCUUCUCCUCAUGUGUUCCAGACCUCAGCGAGUAUCAGGUGUGGCUGGGAGUCUCUGAUAUUCGAGAGGGCGCUCCUGACUGGUCCAAGACACAGGAAGUCAGCAUAGCCCAUGUGAUAUGUGGCCCGGAGGGCUCUAGUUUAGCUCUCAUAAGGCUGUCUAAGCCGGCCCUUCCUGCAGACAAUGUCCAUACGAUUCAGCUGCCUGUGGCUGGGUGCUCCAUCCCAGAAGGAACACUGUGUAAAAUGUAUGGAUGGGGCGAGACCAAAGGCACUGGGCAUGACGAUGUACUGAAGGCGGUGGACCUGCCCAUUGUCAGUAACGAGAGGUGUAGAGAAAUGCACAGGGGGAACUUCCACAUCACCAACACCAAGAUAUGUGCAGGAGGCAAGAGGAAUGAGGGAGUUUGUGAGAGGGAUUAUGGCGGCCCCCUUGUAUGUCAGGAUGGUGAGAUCAGGGUUAUUGUCGGCGUGAGCGUCCAUGGCAGAGGCUGUGCUCGGGCCAACCAGCCUGGCAUCUUCAUCAAUGUGCCCUUCUACACGCAGUGGAUCUACAAGGUCUUCAAAUAUUACCCCAACCCUGAGAUCGAUUAACCAGACUCAAAAGAGAAUAAAACAGAACCAGGGGACAAAAAUCAAGCCUCGCGCCUCUACUUCUGUAAAUCCCGCAGUGCACUCAGGACACCAGGAACUGAUCAGAGGAUAGAUGAAUGGAAGGGGAAACAUGAUGUAAGAUUUAAAUACAUUAUUACCAGAUACCACACUGAUCCUGUGACUCACUGACAGUAAUUAUGAAGAGGAAAAAGGUAUUCAUAUUUCAGAACUAAGAAAUGAACCGUUUAAGCAGCUAAUAGGAAAAGAAGGGACCAGUCGCAGGUUUUGUCACAGGAAGAAAGAGAACGAUGUCCUUGAUUGAGUUUGUAGCAAAACAACCAAACGUUUGGUUUUCAUGCAUUUUUCACAGCUUUUCUUUUGUCUGCAAAUUCAGUAUGUGUGCGCAUGUGGAUACUCUUGAUUCCUGGCAUUACUUGAAUGUUUUAAAACACCAAAGUGCAGUGGUUCAGCAGCUCCCUCUGUAGAGCACAUCGAUGGGCCACUUAGAAAACUAUCCAAUGGUAGGGCAAUGUGAAGGGCACUCUCACCGAGCUCCACGCACCUCCAGGGGCUUCGAGAAAGUGGCCCUCACUGUACAUAGUAUUUUAACGAGUGUAUUUGUGACACUCUAAAGGUGAUUUGGGUCUUAUAGAUCUAUGACGAGAGAAAAUGAAUGUCGUGUUCUGCAGAUAAAUGAUGUACAGUGUGUUAUCUACAUUUCAGCUUUUAGUUACGUCUGUCUUAUUAUACCACCUGUACGGUUAUACCAAAAAUAAUUUCCAAUUUCUGUCCUGUAAUGUCAUCAAAAUACCACUGACUGUAUAUAUAUUAUAUAUAUGUGUGUAAGGAUGCUCUUACCAUCCUGUGUAGAUGAAGGAAUGUAGGACUGGUCUGCCUUUAUAUGAUUUUUUUGUGAUUAAAAAAGCAGAAACUGUAACAUUCACAUGUACACACAAGCUCUCUCUACACAAAAGUCUAGUAUUUCCUAAAAAAAAUAAUUAAUCACGUGUGUGUAUGUGUGUACAUGUUUUUUUCUGCAACAGUGCCCAUAUGCAAAAAAAUAACUGCAGAAGGAGAGGGAGGUGUGUGUGUGUGUGUGUCUGUGUGUGUGUGUGUGUGUGUGUGUGUGUGUGUGUGUGUGUGUGUGUGUCAGAGCUGAAUGAAUUAUCCUCUUCUCACACUCAGGCCUUGGCAGUCCUCCAAUUCCAAUCCACUCUGGAGAUCAGCCUCGCAAAGUCUGUCACUUCAAACUUUGUCGUGGAGAAGAAGGCUUGGUCUUUGUGACUGCAGUGUCUGUAAUAGAUGCUUCUCUGAGAUUACUGAAAGGCCCUUGAAAUAAAUUCACACACCUCUUUGACCAAUGUAAAUGAUGGAGCUCACUUUCUACUAUGGAUACAUUUAUGUUGGUGUGUGUGUGUGUGUGUGUGUGUGUGUGUGUGUGUGUGUGUGUGUGUGUGUGUGUGUGUGUGCGCACUGAAAUAUGCUGCAAGCUGCUAUAUUCUACAGGUUGUACAGUGCAGUCGUUCUCUGUAUAAUGUACAUUCCCUUUCAUAUCAUUUUAACCCACGUGCUAAAUGUAAAACCUAAUUAUUUGAAAUGUUUAAUGAUGUCUGCCACCAUAUAAACAUUUUUUUUUUUUUACUACA